GAACGUUCUGUACAAAGAGAGUAGCAGACUGUCGAAAUGGCCCCAGUAUCCCUGUAUACGCUCGCUUUCCUUUUGAUUCUAUUACAGCCUAGUCUGCAAGAAAAUAACACUGAGUGCCAUGGUAAUAGUACGGAAAAAACACCUCUUUUUCCCAAAGACUUAUUUUCGAUGGAACAAAGGCGUAAGGGAGCCGUGGUUCUUCACAUUAUCGGCGUAGUCUACAUGUUCGUAGCUUUAGCUAUAGUGUGCGACGAAUUCUUCGUACCCUCUUUGGACGUUGUUAUAGAAAAAUUCGGAAUAACGGAGGACGUUGCAGGAGCGACGUUCAUGGCCGCAGGAGGCUCAGCACCGGAACUAUUUACAAGUGUAAUCGGUGUGUUUGUUUCUUUCGACGACGUCGGUAUAGGCACUAUAGUCGGCUCGGCGGUUUUCAACAUUUUGUUCGUUAUCGGGAUGUGUGCUAUAUUUUCACGUACAGUCCUAUCGUUAACGUGGUGGCCCCUUUUUAGAGAUUGUACCUUCUAUUCAGCUUCUUUACUUAUUUUGAUCCUUUUCUUCAAAGACAAUCAUAUAUAUUGGUAUGAAGCAGCAGUAUUGUUUAGUAUAUAUAUAGCAUACGUUUCAUUCAUGAAAUGGAAUCAAACGUUAGAAAGAUUUGUGAAAAAACAUCUUUACAAGAACAAAGUGACAAGAGUAAGAAGUACAGACCACCUAAUGCCAGUGCAGCAGGUGGGCGGAGGAGGUGGUACGUCGAGCGAGACGAGCGUAGGAGGAGCUGGGUCCAGUUCCGUUACCAGUUCCGCAGCUGCACAACCUCAGACGAACAAAUUCCGUCACGGUCUUCUCCAGCUGAUGAUCCACACGAUAGAUCCACUCCACGACGGGAAGGUCGAUGAGAAAGCGACGCAGUUACAUGCGAUCGCCUCUCUCAAAGUGCUGUUGGACGCGACCGCGCCUCACAAGGGAUCGGCGACAGCCAGUUCGGCAAAUCAUCUCAAAGAAACCACCCUCGUUUCUAGGCCUCAAAUCGAACCAAAUGGGAUAGCAGUUCAGUCUACUUCAGUAGAAGAUGACGCACCAGAACCUUUAGACAUGGGCUGGCCGGAUUCUGCCAGGAAAAGAAUCACCUAUCUUUUGGUUGCGCCUAUAGUCUUCCCUCUAUGGCUGACGUUGCCAGACGCAAGAAGCCCAUCGGGUAAAAAGUGGUUCUUCGUAACUUUCUUUGGAAGCAUCGUGUGGAUAGCAGCAUACUCCUAUCUUAUGGUAUGGUGGGCCAAUGUGGCAGGUGAUACUAUAGGCAUCCCACCAGAGGUGAUGGGACUCACUUUUCUUGCCGCUGGCACAUCGAUUCCCGAUCUGAUAACCAGUGUGAUUGUAGCGAGAAAAGGGUUCGGCGAUAUGGCCGUUUCCUCCUCAGUAGGAAGUAAUAUUUUUGAUGUUACAGUUGGGCUUCCAGUUCCGUGGCUACUGUAUGGAAUCAUCAAAGGAAAACCAGUGUUGGUGAACAGCAUGGGAAUGGUCUGUUCAAUAGCAAUACUAUUUUUCAUGCUCAUAUUUGUUAUAAUGUCCAUUGCUUGCUUCCAUUGGAAAAUGAAUAAGGGCCUGGGUUUCACCAUGUUUUUGCUUUAUUUUGCAUUUGUUACAGUGUCACUGCUAUUCGAAUACGAUGUGAUAUCUUGUCCAGUUUAAAAUUUGUUAUUAGAAAAAAGAUGCAAAAAAGAAUGUACAAAUAAUAAAAUUCAGUUUGCAUAAAAUAAGGUACAAAUCUGCUUUUAAUUUUGUUUUUUUGAGCGGGCUCAUUUUGGUCAGAAUAUGUAGUAGUAAUUCAUAUCACAUGAUAUCAAAUGUUUUUAUUGCCGUCUGCAAAAAUGUUAACGUCACGUAUCGAAUAACAUAUUUUGAGACUUGCAUAUCUUAUAAACUUUUUUUUAUACCACUGUUCUAUGAACACCAAAGAUUAGUUUAGUUAAAAGGACAAUUAGUUUUCGCUUGAAAAAAAAGUAUAUAAAAUAUAUAUUUCUCAAAUAGUUCAGUUGUUAUUCUGGUGACAAUCCAGUAAUGAUUUUUACAUUGUUUUUCAGUUAUUUAUAUAGGCUUUUAAAAAUACAAAAAAAUUGUUAUUUAUAAGAUAAAGGUUUUGACUGAAUGAUGUUGGUUAAUCAAAUAAUAAUUGUUAAAGAUUUAAUGUUGUUAAAAAUAUGAACUGUAUUGUAUGUAUUUUUAAACAAAGCUAAUUCAUUGUAAUGUUUACGGCUAAGUUUUCUUGAAUGCACAAAAAUGUUGGCAUUUGAAACGAACUGUUCCUAAUUGACUUUUAGACUACGAAUUAAUUUGACAUAUUGUUAAGAUUUUCAUUUGUUAUAUUAUUUUCUACAAAUGGUAUACUAAAGUACGGAAUUACAGUUUAUUGUUCAAAGUAUAUCUGCUUCGGAAAUUGCAUUUUUAUUCUUUUUUUUUCCGAAGCAAUUCUAGGAUAUCAACUAUGUUCUGAGACAAUAUAAAGAUAAAUGUAAAAAUCUGUGGACAAUAUCUUCUACAUGAAAGUAUAUAAUUUUGUUUUCAUACUAAUUUUAAAAACGAGAGGGCAAAUUAAUUGCUACUUUGCUUAAACCUAAAUUAAAAUGUCACAACAAUAAAUAUUACGCCUUACACAAAAACAAAACACAAAAAAAAACAAAAAAAAAACAACAACAAACACUACAAAAAUUAUUUAAAAAAUCUUUUAAAAAUAGAUCUCUGUAGGUAGAUUUAGUGUUGGUUAUGUACUAUAUAAUCUGAUCUAUUUUACCUUUUAUUAACUAAAGCAGCUGGAUAAUUAAAAUGCAUGGAUUUAACAAUUAAGUAUGAUUUAGAAAUAUAUAGUAUGUAAACAAUGGUUAGACAUACACAUAUCUACAUACAUAUCUUGCACUUAUUGCGCCAUAUUCAACCAUUUGAUUUAAACUAAGUUCAUGUAGUUACAACGCAGUUUAAAAAUAUUGAUAUUAUACUAAUAAUAUUAAAAGGUUUUAUGAGUGUGAAACCAAUAAAUUGUUUUAGAAUUUGAAAAAGGCUUGACAUCUAGAAAUUUAUUAUUUAAAAAUACAAAUAAGUAUAAUUAGAAGAUAACACCAAAUAGUUAAAUCAUUAGCUAAAAGUAAGUUUGUUAAUCACCCUCGUAAAUGUAUUGAAUCUAUCUUUAAACUAUUUCGUUAUAAAAUUGUUGACAAAAGUUUAAACGCAUUUUGACAAGUUUUUCGUCGUGUUAGAAAUGAGCAUUAAUAUAUUAAAUCUACAUAUUAGAAUAUUAUAUAUUUAAAAAAUGAAAGAAACAUGAGUGUUUUUUCUUAUAUUGAAGCGUAGUUUGAAGUUGGGAGGAAAAAAACACCUGAGGAACCAGUGAAAUAUUCAAUAUUUCUAUAAUAUGUAGACUUAUAGAAUGCUAACAAGCACAUAACGUUAGAAAAGUUGUAUUCAUUGAAUAUUAAAACUUUAAAAUAAAUCUUGCAAUAGCAAUGAUAGAUCAAUGAAUCAAUUUAUUCAUAAAAGAAUAUUAUUGACUUUUAAAUCAUACUUUAAUGAAUCGAUUUAUUCAUAAAAAAAUAUUAUUGACUUUGUGGGAAAUAAUUCCCUCUGAAAUUCACCUUAAAAAUUGGGCUAAAAAGAAAUAUAAGUUAAAAAAAUAAAUAAAUAAAAUAAAGGUGAAAAGGGGGUUCUCCAUUGUUAAUUUGAUAAUGUUUGUCGACAUAAUUGCAGUAAAUUUGCACUUUUGCAAAUCAAAAUCACACUUUAUUCUUGAAUAUAUUUAUAUUUUAAGCUUCUAUUUCAUAUACACUAACUUUACUUAAUUAAUAAAACAGAAUUAUCAUAUUAUAUCUCCUAUUAUCUCUUGCCUAUACAGUUUUUUCUGUACAAUUACAAACUAAUAUGUAAUUUUUUGAAUAAAAAAAACAAUUCUCAUGGUUAGGCUUUAAUAACUUAUAUUCUACUCCAUUAUAUAAUAAUAUAAGUUUACAGAAAAGCACUUCUCUAUAACAACUAAAUGACUUAACUACAUAAAACCAUCGAUUAGUAUUUAGAAUUCAAUUGUAAAAUAUACGACAAAAUUGUCAAUUUAAGUAAGACAUAUAACCCAGUGACAUUUAAAUUUAUGCGAGCAUUUUGUCUAUAAAAUAAAAUAUUUGGUGCUAUUAGUUAGAAUAAUUUACUUAGCCUUAUAUAAUUUUAAAUAAUUUCCUGUACUUUUUAAAUAAUGAUCAGUUUCAGUUUUGUGCAUUAUUUGAUUCUGUGGCCGUCCUUCAGCAAUUGCUAACAAUAGUUAGUUAGUUUUUGUAAUAAAUAAUUUUGUUAUUUUUUUAAAAUGGUUAAUGUUUUACAAAUUCAUCCUUUAAUGUUGGACAAACACAUUUUAAAAAAAUGUAUGCUCAUUUUUAACAUAGACUACAUUUAAAAAUAAAAGGCCUUAUCUUUCCAAUUAAUGUAUAAUUAUUAUAAUAUAUAAAUCGGUAGUCGAAGCCUGUAGCCACUUAUACCCUUCUUCUGGCAAAAAAAAAUUAUUUUUCAAAUAAAAUUUUAAAAAAGCCAAUGUCUUAGGAAGAAAAUGUAGAUUUAAUAUAUUCAUAAAUAAUAGUAUUAAAAAAAAGUUUCACAAGCCGACAAUAAGUUAAUCAAAUAAAAAUUCUUCCCAAAUUUCCCAGACUAAAAUUAAAAUGUUAAAAAAAAUGUAUAUGGCAAAUAAUACAACAUUAUAAUUGUGUGUUAAAAAUAAACAUAUACUUAUUUUAUAAAAUUUAAAAGAAACCAGAUUUGAUUAAGCUUCAAAUGUUUAAAAGGAAAAAUAAAGAAACAUCGUUUUUGUUUUGUUUUGUUUGCCACUGUAGCACUGUUUAUAGAAUAUAGUAUAUGGUUAAUUUUUUAAUAUAUUUAAUUUUUUAUUAAUUACAAGUUGUCAAGGCAUUAAUGUACUGUAAAAUGCGUGUAAGCAUUUUUUGUAGUUAGCUUACUAGCACCAACAGGCUGUGAUCACAUGCAAUGUCCUAUCACUAUGAAGAUAUACACUUGCAUUGCUUUACUUUGUUUAAUUGAAUUGUUUUUAUUGUAUAUUUUUAUGAAAUGAUGUUUAUGACGACUGCUCGGCUCAUACCCAUGUGCGAUAUUUCAAUUCAAAAUUAGCCUUAAAUGUUCUUCCUACUUAAUGGGUAUGCAAGGUGGGAUAACAUAAUUUCAUAACCAGUGAAGAAUAAUGUAAGUGUAUACUACUAUAGUGUCAUAAUUUCUUCCAUAUUGUUGUUAAUUGUUGUUUACGGUAGCUAUUGUUUAUUAUAGUCCAGAAUUUUUAAUUUAUUGCUUAAAGAAUAGAUUUUGGUACUUUCUUUAUUCAAAUGUUGAACUUUAAAAACCCUGAUUUGAAUUUAUUAAAAAUUUCAUUGUAUAUAGUUGUUAACAGACAAAUAAUUUGAAAUGAUAUAUUUAAUUAAUUUAUAAAUGGAUGCUCAGGUUUAAUUGUCACUUAAUAGCAAUUACUGUGUGUAUCAAUAUAAAAACAUACUUUUCUAAAACAAUUUGUAUCUACAGUAUAAUUGUACUCAUAAACCAGUUCUUACUGUCCUCAUUGUAGAAAAUAUCUCCAUUUUGGCGAGAAUAGUUUGGUAUUCCUACCUAAAUUCAAUAAGCAAUAAUAACACGCAAUUUUAUAUGUCGUAAAUAGAGAAACUUGUUGAAUGAGUAAAAAGUAAAAUAAGUAAGUAUUAAAUUUAAAAAAGUGUAUAUAAGUAAUGUAAAACAAAGAUAGGUUAUUAUUGAUUGAUAAUAUGUGGAUAACUGGUAUUUACAAUAGAAAACAAAUUUUGUUCUCUAUUAUAUAGAAAAAUAAGUACGUUUAAAAGUUUA